UCUCCCGCGUACGUCUAUGGUCUGCCUGGAUGUAAACAAACCCUCAUUCCUCUUAUUUGAACCGUAUAUGAAUUACAAUAUGAUUUGAACGUUGUUGUCCGGAGUCGGAACCCUCAGAGAAUGAGCGUGUGGUCCGUGGCCGGCUCCUCAGUAUGGCUGCUCGGACACUGCAGGAACUUGUAGCCGCCGCUGCCGCUCCGCACUUCGACAGAGCGGCUGUGACAUAUGACGGCGGCUCAGCGUCGGGGAGCCCUGUGUCCCUGCUGUACCGGGAUCUGGUUCAACUGGCCGGUGAACUGUCUGCUCUUCUGCGGGAGAACUGCUGUCUUAAUAACGGCGUGAUUGGCCUGUAUUGCUAUGACGAUGUGUUCAUACCUGUCUGGAUUCUGGGGAUCCUGCAGUCACCUGCUGCCUAUGUUCCCCUGGACCCAGAAGCUCCAGGACUCCUCUCUGCCAGAGUCAUGAACCAGUGUGGCCUCAAGUUCAUUGCUGUGAAGACUGACAUCCUGCAGCGAUUCCAGGCAGCUCUCGGCGAGCACAUGUCUGUGGAGGUUUGUGUGGCGUUGCCCAAGUUCAAGCUAACCCUUGUUCAGAUCAAGCUGCCACCGGUCGCUGAACACAAACAAGGUCCCAAACAAAGCGGCGCUCAGACAGCAGAUGGUGCUGCUGUCUGUGAUGCAGCUGCUGUGUUGAAGGAGGCUGGACACAGAGACUUGGCCUAUGUGCUACACACAUCUGGAACAACUGGCCUUCCAAAGAUUGUGAGGGUGCCACACAUGUGUAUACUCCCCAAUAUCCUGCAUCUGAGAUCUUUGUUUCAGAUGAGCGCAGAUGACGUGGUUUUCCUCGCCUCGCCCUUAACCUUUGACCCCUCUGUGGUGGAUAUAUUCCUGGCCUUAUCAUCUGGGGCUCAGCUCCUCAUUAUCCCUUCUGUGAUAAAGAAAAUGCCCGGUCGACUGGCUCGACUGUUGUUCAAGCAUCACAAGACGACUGUCCUGCAGGUCACGCCGACGCUGCUCGUCCGCUUCGGGCAGCAUAUCCUAAAACAGGAAGUGUUGUCGUCUGGCUCCUCACUGCGGGUGUUGGCUCUGGGUGGAGAGACCUGCCCCUCGCCGGCUCUGCUGAGGAGCUGGAGACACGAGAGCAACAAAACCCACAUUUACAAUCUCUACGGUAUUACUGAAGUGUCCUGCUGGGCCUGCUCUUACAGCAUACCAGAGUCUGUACUGCAGUGUAAUGACACCACGUUGUCCGCUGUGCCUCUUGGGACUCCUCUGAUGGACACAAUGGUGGAAGUAAGAGAUGAGGAUGGCAGCAUUGUUACAGAGGGUGAAGGACAGGUGUUCAUAGGAGGAGAGGGCAGAGUGUGUCUCCUGGAUGACGAGGAGGCUGUUAUCCCCGGGACGAUGAGAGCUACUGGAGACUGGGUGAGCGUUAAAGACGCACAGCUGUGCUACCUGGGACGGAAGGACCGGCUGAUUAAACGCCACGGGAAACGGGUGAACUUGGACAGUUUGCAGCAGCUCAUACUGAGUCUGCCUCAGGUGGAGGCCUGUGCCGUCAGUCUGUACGAAGGCUCUCGACUGCUCGCCUUUGUCGUGGCGUUCACACCUGCGGAGCAAACGGCUGAGCAUCGGGGGGAUCCUCGCUCCGCUGCGAAGCACCACCAGGAGGAGACGGGCGGUGCAGAUGGAGAUCUUAGCAGGCUCAUCCUGAGCCGGCUGUCUCAGGUGCUGCCCGCUCACAGCGUUCCUGACGUGCUGGUGCUGGUCCCGUCCUUAUGCCUGACUCCUCAUGGUAAAGUAGACAUGGAGGCGCUUGUGAAAAUAUACCAACGACAGAGACAGAGUUUAGAGUCUUCACGGGGAGACGUCAGCAAACUAAAGCAAACUCUUCAGUCCCUGUGGCAGGAAACUCUGGGUCUUCCUGAAGACGCGAGCGUUGACGAGGACUCCAGCUUCUUGUCGAGCGGAGGGGAUUCUCUGAAGGCGCUGCACCUCUGUGAAGACAUCCUCGCCGCUGUGGGAGUGACCUCACCUGAGCUUUUGGAGGCUAUACUUGACGGGACCUUCUCUGACGUGCUGCGCCACGUCACCAGAGCAGCACUGAAUACGCUGUUUGAGAACAGCCGGUCAUCGCUGCCCAAGGCCAAGAAACGUCACACCGAUGCUCCGUCUGUGGCGCCGGCGAAGAGAGAACGCCAAGCGUCGGCAGCAGCAGAGGAGACACGGGCUGUCAGAGUUCUAAGACGAGCAGGUGAGGUGAUAGAGAUGAAAAUCAGAAAUCCAGAAACACAUGAAAACCUCCAGGGUAAUGCACUCGGAGGAAGGGAUUCUGGUGAGAAAGGUGGAGGCGAUGCUCUGGGCCUCAGCCUGAGCUGGUCCUCAGACACAGGCAGAUGUGUGGACGCCUCCCCGGUGAUUCUGGUUCAAGACAGAUCAGAUCAGACAGCAGACGAGGGCCAAGCAUCGGUGUUCAUCGGCUCCCACUCUCACAGGAUCCAGGCGUUAGACCUGACCGACGGGAGCCUUCUGUGGGAGCGAGUUCUUGGGGACAGGAUCGAAGCGUCGGCUGCUGUGUCUCACUGCGGGACCCUCGUGGUUAUAGGCUGCUACGACGGCUGUGUGUAUUUCUUGUGCGCUGCGUCCGGAAAGACCCGGUGGAUGUUUGAGACGGGCGACGCUGUGAAGAGCUGUCCUGCUGUGGAUCCCCUCACUGGUCUGGUGAUAGUCGGCUCACAUGACGGCCAUGUUUACGCCCUGAACCCAAAGGUGCAGCAGUGUGUUUGGAGGCGUCACUGUGGGGGUGGAGCUGUGUUUUCCUCCCCCUACCUCCACACUUCCCUCAGGCAGCUGUAUGCAGCUUCACUGGGGGGUCACCUCCUCUGUCUCAACCCCGACAGCGGAGAGGUCCUGUGGUCGCUCUGCAGAGACGUCCCGUUCUUCUCGUCACCAAACGGCUCCUCUGGUCACGUGGUGAUCGGCUCGGUGGACGGAAACAUCUGCUGCUUCAGUGACACUGGGAAGCUGGUUUGGCAGUUUUUAACAAAAGGACCCGUCUUCUCCUCCCCGUGUGUCACACCGGACCGGCAGAGGGUUCUUUGUGGAUCACACGACGGCCACCUGUACUGUCUGAACUGUGCCGACGGCUCUUUAGUUUGGACCUUCCGGACCACAGGGAGGGUGUUCUCCAGCCCCUGUGUGUUUGAUGGCUCUGUCGUGGGCAGGAGGGGGCUUCUGGUGGCCCUGGCCUCCACAGACGGCACAGUGUGGAUCCUGGAUGGACGAGAUGGGCGAAAACUGGCCUCACUGGCUCUGCCCGGGGAGCUGUUUUCAUCCCCAGUGGUGUGGGGACGCUCCCUGGUAGUCGGGUGCCGCAAUGACUAUGUGUAUUGUUUGCAGCUGGCUGUCAAAGAGGAAACAGGUUAAAAUGCAUCUUUGCACUGAUUUUCGAAUAAACGCCGCUGGUUUUUGUAUCUGUGUCAGAGCAGAGC